UUUGAAAAACACUAAAGUUAACAAAAAGGUAUUGAUUGGAAUGCUUGGAAAAAUAAUAUUUUUAUUAUUAUUUACUGAAAUUGUGCCAGAUGCAGACGAUUAUUAUUAUGAGGAUGUUGAGGAAAUGUUAAGUGAAUAUUUGAAUAGGGCUGAAGGUCGAACACUGUCACUUGUGAGCCUUGUGGAAUUGACCUACGGAUCAGUCGAAGAUGAUUUCACGACAUCUGAAGAGAGUACUGGAAAGCUUUUUACGGUAGAAGGGAGUUUUUUAGAUAAUCAAAAUAUUAUUAGGGAAUGCAUUGCCACAAUCUGGGUAACACAGUUGACACCUUUUCCUGUUGUUUCCAUUGAAUGCGAUUGAAUAGAAAAGGAUAGUAUGACAUCAGGGAUGUGUUAUUAACUAAAUUGGUACAUGGUUUGCAUCUCUGUUUUUUUUGAACUGUCCGUUAUUAUUAAUUAUCGUUAACUAAAAUAUCUAAGCUUUAAUUACAAAAAUAUAAAGUAUUAGUUUUGAUAUG